AUGCCAGCGAAAGUGCGCGGUCGAGCUGCGUGCAAUCAGUGUCGCUCACGGAAGCAAAAGUGUGACGAAGAGAGGCCGAUCUGCUCCCGCUGCCGGGACUUGAAGAAGCCAUGCCAGUGGCCGGGACUGCGGAAACGCGGCCCGGCCAAGGGCUACGCCGAAGCCCUGGAACACAGGCUGCGAGAGACGGAGCGCGCGCUGCUGCAGAUCGUCUCGGCCGUGGACGGCGCAACCAUGGCAUCCGCCUUCCGAAGCAGCACACAAGUGGCCGCCCUGCCCGACGCCAAGGCAGCAGACAAGGCCGAGAUGGCCGCGUACUGGGAGCGGUUCCCCCUCUCUACGCCCCGGGAUGUGAUGAACUGGGCACAAGACUUUCAGCGUCUUCGAGCGGCUGCGGCGGUGGGUGUCACCCAGCCAGCAGGAACGCAGGAGGAUCCGGCUAGAACGGCCGCGCGCCUUGCCCGGCCAUUGCAUGCUCACGAUGCGGCGAUGGCGCUGGGAGCCUCGUCCGGCGAGCGCGUUGCUAAUCCUGCCCAAAGAUCUGCCACCGAUGUCCGACAUCAUCUCUUACCAGGAGCGUCCCCAGACUCGGACGCCCAAGAGGGCGCUUUUGACAUGCCGGAGGAGUUCAAGGAGCAGUAUCUCUGGUAG